CGCGCGGAGGCUGCCGGCGGGAGUGGAGUGCCGCGGUGGCUGUGAGAAAGUGACCCGUCGGCCUUGGUUCCGGUGUUAGCGAUGGCUUCCUUCGUGACGGAGGUUUUGGCUCAUUCGGGGAGCCUGGAGAAGGAGGAUCUCGGCACCCGGAUCAGCCGCCUGACCCGGAGGGUGGAGGAGAUCAAGGGUGAGGUAUGCAAUAUGAUCAGCAAGAAGUACAGUGAAUUUCUGCCUAGUAUGCAGAGUGCACAGGACCUUGUUACCCAGGUGGAUAAACUAUCUGAUGAUAUUGACCUGCUGAAAUCCAGAAUAGAGAGUGAGGUCCGUCGUGAUCUUCAUGUAUCGACUGCUGAAUUUUCAGACUUGAAACAACAGUUGGAAAGAGACUCAGUAGUCCUGAGUUUGCUUAAACAGCUACAAGAGUUUUCUACUGCUAUUGAAGAAUAUAAUUGUGCGUUAACAGAGAAGAAAUAUGUCAUUGCUGCUCAGCACCUGGAAGAGGCACAGAAAUGUUUGAAGUUAUUAAAAUCCAGAAAAUGCUUUGAUUUAAAAAUAUUGAAAUCUCUCAGCAUGGAGCUCACAAUACAGAAACAGAACAUACUUUAUCACCUUGGAGAAGAGUGGCAGAAGUUGAUUGUAUGGAAGUUCCCAUCAUCAAAAGAUACCAGCAGUUUAAAAUCUUGCCUGCAAACAGAACUUCAUUUGUGUACUGAACAAUCCCAGAAAGAGGAGAAGACCCUUAUGCCAUCCAUGAGUUCUGUCUUGUUGGCAUUUUCUAUCCUUGGAGAACUACACACUAAGCUUAAAUCAUUCGGUCAGAUGCUGCUGAAGUAUAUCCUUAGGCCUUUGGCAUCUUGCCCAUCCCUUUAUGCAGUGAUAGAAAGCCAGCCUAAUAUAGUUAUUGUUCGUUUCGAAUCUCUCGUGUCUGACUUGGAACAUCCAUCACCAUCUGAAGUUUUUGAAAAGAUCCGACUCGUGCUAGAAGUGCUUCAGAAACAGCUUCUAGAUUUGCCUCUUGACACUGACUUAGAAAUUGAAAAACCAUCUACGAUCAUAUUGGCUGAGAUGCUUGGUGAUGUAAUCUGGGAGGAUUUGUCUGAGUGUCUCAUCAAAAACUGCUUGGUUUAUUCUAUCCCAACAAAUAGCAGCAAGCUACAGCAAUAUGAAGAGAUCAUACAGUCCACUGAAGAAUUUGAAAAUGCCCUAAAGGAGAUGAAAUUUUUAAAAGGAGAUUCUACUGAUUUGCUGAAAUAUGCUCGUAAUAUCAAUUCUCAUUUUGCUAACAAAAAGUGCCAGGAUGUGAUUGUGGCAGCUAGAAACCUGAUGACCUCUGAAAUCCACAACACUGUGAAGAUUACUCCUGAUUCUAAGAUAAGUGUGCCAGACUUACCAAGUCCUGAUGAGGGUAACAAGCUUUUAGUACAAAAAGUAUCCAAAACUGAGUACAAUGAAGCAGUGAAUUUAGAACCUGAAAAUACAUUGGAUCAACAUUCCUUUUCUUUGCCUACAUGUCGAAUCAGUGAAUCUGUGAAGAAGUUAAUGGAACUUGCUUAUCAGACUUUAUUAGAGGCAACAACCAGUAGUGACCAAUGUGCUGUCCAACUUUUCUACUCAGUGAGGAAUAUCUUUCAUUUGUUCCAUGAUGUUGUACCAACAUAUCAUAAGGAGAACCUUCAAAAACUUCCCCAGUUGGCUGCUAUUCACCAUAAUAACUGUAUGUAUAUUGCUCACCACUUGCUGACCCUGGGGCAUCAGUUCAGAUUACGCCUUGCCUCCAUUCUUUGUGAUGGCACUACUACUUUUGUGGAUCUUGUACCUGGCUUCAGAAGACUGGGGACAGAGUGCUUUUUGGCCCAAAUGCGGGCACAGAAAGGUGAACUUCUGGAAAGAUUGUCAAGUGCUAGGAACUUUUCAAACAUGGAUGAUGAAGAGAAUUAUUCUGCAGCAAGUAAAGCAAUCCGGCAGGUACUGCACCAACUAAAGAGACUUGGAACUGUGUGGCAAGAUAUCCUGCCAGUGAAUAUAUAUUGCAAGGCUAUGGGGACUUUACUAAAUACGGCAAUUUCUGAGAUCAUUAGCAGAAUCACUGCCCUUGAGGACAUCUCUACUGAAGAUGGUGAUAAAUUGUAUUCCUUAUGCAAAACAGUGAUAGAUGAAGGACCCCAAGUAUUUGCACCUCUGUCUGAAGAAAGCAAGAACAAGAAAUAUCAAGAAGAGGUUCCCAUCUAUGUGUCAAAAUGGAUGCCUUUCAAAGAACUGAUGAUGAUGCUACAAGCUAGCUUGCAAGAAAUUGGAGAUCGGUGGGCAGAUGGAAAAGGGCCGCUGGCAACUGCAUUCUCUUCCAGUGAAGUAAAAGCUUUAAUUCGUGCCUUGUUCCAGAACACAGAAAGAAGAGCCGCUGCCCUUGCUAAGAUUAAGUAGCUCCAUCUUCCUGAGAAAGCCAUAACUUGACUAUGUGGAUUCCUUCUUUGGUGUAGUUACUCCACAAGACUUCGUGGAAUCACCCUAGGGUUUUGGUGAACCAGAAUUUCAUGGAAGCUUGACUUUAUAUAAGGAUGUCUUACCUCUUGGCCUGUAUGAGACUUUGUUGAAAAACUGGAUAUUAAGAUGUCAAGUGAAGCAACUCAAUUCAUUGACUUUCUAGGCAUUCUCCUUUGAUAAAUAAGAAACAGUGGGGCAGUAUUUAUGCUGAUUCCAGGACUCUCUGGGAACUGUAUACAUUGUAAUUUUAGGCCCUGAUUCUGGAAAAAGGAAUCCAAGAGAAUCCAAGACGUAGAAUGAAGAAUUUAUGGGAGAUUUUUUUUGUCUGUGGGGGAUGGAUAGGGAUACCAUAUUUGGUUUUGCAGGAAUUGGGAGACCUCCUAUAAUAUUUCUUUCUAGUAAAUAAUAUCUUUCAGAGUUAAA